AUGAUCCUACUAAUAGAUUCUUAUGAUUCGUUCACUAAUAAUUUAGCUAGUUUAAUUAAAAAUACUACAAAUCAAGAAGUUAUAAUAGUACAUAAUGAUUCAUUUCAACCAAAUGAAUACGAACCUUUUUAUAAUCAAAUUAAAAAAUAUUUUACAUAUAUAGUUAUUGGACCUGGCCCUGGACAUCCUGAGAUUAAAGAAGAUGUUGGAAUUAUUAGUUGGCUCAUAGCAAGAAAUUCAAAAGAUGAUCAUCCUGUACCAAUAUUAGGAAUUUGUCUUGGGUUUCAAAGUUUAUGUCAUGAAUUUGGAAAUAAAGUUGAAAGAGCAGAAAAUGUAAAACAUGGACAAGUUUAUGAUAUAUAUCCUUUCAAUGAUAAUGAGUUAUUUGAAGAAGAUAAUCAUUUCCCAAGCGUGAGGUAUCAUUCGUUAUUUGUUGAUGGAUCUAAAUUAAACAAUGAAAUAGUACCAUUAGGUUAUUGUUAUGAACCAACUGGAGAUACAAGAAAUGGAAAGAAGAUUUUAAUGGCUAUAAGACACAAGUCAUUGCCGUUUUAUGGAGUACAAUAUCACCCCGAAUCAAUUUGUUCCGAUAAAGGUAAAGAACUAUUUCAAAAGUUUACAAAUAUUGCAGAUAAGUUUAAUUCAGUUCAUAGACAAACAAUACUGCAAUGUGCCAAUGGUGAAUUUCAAUGGUUUGAUAAUCACGCUUUACAUGAAAAGAGUUUAAUAGAAAACUUGAGACCGGUUGAGGUAGAAAAUGUUAUUUUCGAAAAGCUUGAAUUUGCCCAAGAAAUCACAGCAGUUGAUGUUUGUGAUCAUUUGGUUAAACUAAAUAAUAAUGAAACAAAUUUCGUACUACUAAAUUCUGCAUCAGUACCCGGUGAGUGGUCUAUUAUAGGUUUUCCAAUUGAAGGAGAAAGUGAAGUAUUGACUCACUCCAUAGAUGACAUGAAUCAUGUAUAUAUCUCAAAAUAUAAAUCAAGUCAUCAGGAAAAAUUCAAUGUUAAAGAUCAUGAUGAUUCUUGGAAAUUUAUUGCUCAAAAAAUGUAUCUGAGUUAUGUACCAAGAGAAUCAAUCAAAGAGAAAAUGAGUAUUAACCACAGUAGAGAGAUUCCAUUUUUUGGUGGUUACAUAGGUUUGAUAUCAUAUGAAGAAGGUCAACAUAUAAUGUUUGAUAAAUUGGAGUGUAUAUGUAACAACUACACCCCAGAUAUAAAAUUAAUUCACAUUAAGAGAGUUUUAAUACGAGAUCAUCUCACCAAUGAGUGGUUUUUGUUAUCGGUAAAUGAUGACUCAGAUUGGGCAGAGAAAUUAAAAUCAAAAUUGGAGAAUAUGAAACCAAUUGACUUAUCAGAAAUUCCAUCAAGUGUUAAGGAUUUAUGUAAUGAAGAUGACAAAAUCUCAGUAGAUUUUGAGUACCCAUCACAAGAGAUAUACAAGCAACAAUUUAGUAAGUGUCAAGACUAUUUACAUUCUGGAGAUUCUUAUGAACUAUGUUUAACAACUCAAUCCAAAAUUAAAUUACCGAAAUAUGUUAAAGCAUGGGAUAUAUAUAAGGUUUUAACUUUAAAGAAAAAUCCAUCACCAUUUUCAUGUUUUGUUGAUUUUGAUGAUUGUUGCCUCAUAUCUUCAUCUCCAGAAAGGUUUUUGUCAUGGAAAGAUGACGACAAUAAUAAAUUGAUCCAAUUAAGACCAAUCAAAGGUACAGUGAAGAACAAUGAUGAUACCACUCUUGAAGAAGCUACAAAGAUACUUAAAACUCCGAAGGAAAUGGGUGAGAAUUUAAUGAUUGUUGAUCUUAUACGACAUGACUUAUUUCAGUUCACUAAUGAUGUUGAAGUCACUCAAUUAAUGGCAGUUGAAGAGUAUAAAACUGUUUUCCAAUUAGUUAGUGUUAUUCAAGGUAAACUUAAAAAAAAUGAUAAAUAUUUUGGAAUUGAUAUAUUACACAAAUCGUUACCACCAGGAUCAAUGACUGGUGCACCAAAGAAAAGAUCAGUUGAAUUGUUACAAGAUAUUGAAAAUAUGCAACCUAAUAUGAUAAGAGGAGUAAGAAGAGGAAUAUAUAGUGGUGUUGUGGGAUAUUGGUCAAUAACUGAUGAUUCAGAUUGGAGUGUUAUAAUUAGAUCAGUAUUUCAUUACAAAGAUGAUAAAGAAAAUUCUGAACACGUUAAUCUUUGGAGAAUUGGAGCUGGUGGUGCAAUAACUGUAUUAAGUGAUGUUGAUGGUGAAUGGGAUGAAAUGAAUUUAAAAUUAUCAAGUGCAUUACAAGCUUUUAAUUAG